AUGUUUGGGGACUCCAGGAUUCCGGAAUUGUGCCGCGAUUCCGGAAUCCCGGCCAAUUCCGGAAUCGCGGCACAAUUCCGGAAUUCUUCUGCACUCUCCACUCAGGACGAGCACAAUAACUCCACAGGCGUGAAGGUGGCAUGCUACAUCCUGAUCGGAGUCGGAGCUCUCUCCAUGCUCAUGGGCUUCCUCGGCUGCUUGGGAGCCAUUUAUGAGAUCCGCUGUCUGCUCGGCCUGUACUUCACCUGCUUGCUGUUGGUCCUCCUCGCUCAGAUCACCGCCGGCGCUCUCAUCUACUUCCAGAAGACUGUGUUACAUGAUGAGAUGUCCAAGAUUGUCACUAAAGUGCUGGACAACUAUCCAGGAAACAACUCCACCACCGAGCAGGCCUGGGACUUCAUCCAGAGGAAUAUGCAUUGCUGCGGCUGGAACAACUAUGAAGACUGGAACGGGAACAUGAUCGUCACUAACAGCUCUCGGCUGCUGUUUCCCUGCUCCUGCCAGAACAUCUCCCUCAUCACCGGGAACUUCUCCGACAGCGGAUUCUGCGAGGCUCAGACACCCGAAUGGCCCGUAUACGACACGGGUUGUGCUGUCAGCGUGGAGAGCUGGCUCAUCACCAACAUCUGGGUCGUCCUGGGCAUCUGCCUGGCCGUCGCUCUUAUUGAGCUGCUGGGGAUGAGCCUUUCCAUCUGCCUGUGCAGGAACAUCCACACAGCAGAUUACAGCAAAGUGCCAAAGUUCUAGUAGAUCGACAGAGAAGCCGAUGACGGCGAAGAUCCACACCAACAAAGAAGAGAGUAAAAGUGAUUUUUUUUGACUUUUUUUUUCUUUUUUUCUCCACCUUGUAUUAGCUGAAACAUUUUGUCCAAAUGUAAAAUACUGUAAUGUGUGUUUUGCUUUUUUUUUUCUUUUCUUUUUGUUGGAUUCUUCUUCUUCUUCUUCUUCUUUUGAGGCACUUCCAUCUGUUUCCUUUUUUUUUUUUUUUUUUAAAUCAGCCCAGUUUUCCUUGGAGCACUUUAGAGACUUUCUUUUUUUUCUUUUUUGGAUCAGAGAGCGAUGCUGAUAAAUGGUUUUUGAAAUGUUGGAUUUGAUGUUUAAAAGUAAGAAAUGAUGGUGAUGGCUGCGGACGGAGGAAACGUGCUCUCAGGCUCAGAUCAGAGUGUCGCUGGUGUACAUUUAUAAAGACGGAUUCUUGUUCAUUUUCGCCUCAAUUUUAGUUUCCCAGAAAAAAUCCUGAAGAGAAAGAUUCAUACAUAUUUUGGGCGAUUUGGCACGACAACUGGAAAACAGUGUGGUCUCUGUGUGUGUGUGUUUUCCUUUCUUUUCUUUUCUUUUUUUUAAUUUUUAUACACCAGCGUUUUUGAGUUAUUGUGAAAAUGUUUUUAGUACUUUGUAUAUAAUUUUUAGACAUUUUAUUUUAUGUGAGUUUGAAUCCAAAAUCUGUCUUUUGAAUUUUUUAAAGUUCAAAUUUCUGGUUGUUUUUUUUUUUUUUUCAUGUUUUCUUAAUUUUUCUGGAAAUAAUAGAAAUAAUGAGGUACUAAAGAAAAAAGGAAAAAAAAAAAAAAAGUUAUGACUCCCAAAAGUGUCACUCCCAGUUUACGAUUGUCUUUUAAGGACAGGCAGAAACUUCUUUUUUAACCUUCCUGUCGUCCUCCCGGGUCAAACCCCGUCUGUUUUGACUGUUCCUUCCUUCCUUCCUUCCUUCCUUCCUUCCUUCCUUCCUUCUUUCCUUCCUCCAUCCCCAUUUCUUCCUUCCGUCUGUCCUUCCUCCCUCCUUCUCUCUUUCUUUCCUUCCUCACUCUUUCCUCCUGCCCUUCCUUCUUUCCUCCCUUCUUCUUUUCCUUUCUCCCUCCCUCCCCCCUCCUACCUUCCUCCCUUCCUUCUUUCCUUCCUUCCUUUCCUUCCCUCCCUCCCUCAUUCCUUCUGUCCUUCCUUCCUUCCCUCCUUGCUACCUCCCUCCCUCCUUCCUUCUUUCCUCCUGUCCCUUCCUUCCUCCCUCCUUUCUUCCUCCUUCCUCCCUCCUUUCCUCCUUUCUCCCUCCCUCCCUCCCUCCCUCCCUCCCUUCCUCCUCCUUUCCUUCCUUCUUCCUCCCUUCCUUCCUUGACUCGAGGACAACAGGAGGGUUAAAGGUAGCUCAUCAAGUUCCUCUAUAAGCCCAGAUUCUUCCUAAUUUAGUGUUUGAAGAGUGAAAUGUUUCUUUUAACCACUUUUUUUGAAAUAUGUGAACUUUUGAGUGUUGAGGAAAGGGAAAGAAAUUUUUAAGUUGUAUUUUGGAGCAGAGGAAAUAUUUUUUUUUGGGGGGGGGGGUAGAUCCAUCCGUCCUGGAAAGUGAAAUUUGUUUAUACAGCAAAAUCAUUUUGAGAUUCAAUUUAUGUAAAAUUUUUAACUUUAAGCCAAUAUCUUUGUUGUUUUUAGAAAUGUACAAAUACGCCACCACCCUUGUUUCCUUUUGUAUGUACAGUCUGUAUUUCACUUUAACCUUUAUAAUGAAUGGUUCCUACCACAGGAAAAAAAAAAAAGGGUACAUCUGUUUAUAAGUAGAUGGACUUCUGGUAGCUAGCUGGAUUAGUUAAUUGUGUACUCACAACAUUCAUUCUGUUUCAUUUUGCCAAUAAACUG